AUGUCGGGGGAACAAAUCCAGCAGCUCCAGGAGGCUUUGGUGCAACAACAGGCGGCGACAACUCAAGUGGGCGCCGAGCAACCUCCGUUCCUUGUCGUGAUACCGAAUGCAAUCGAGGGUGUGGCCGCGGUGGCUAUACUAGUCGCGGCGGUGGCAGCCGGUUUGGGAACCUCAAAUCCCAAAGGUGCGGCUAUGGAGGCAGCGAGGGAGUAUACACUCCCUGCUCUCGUGAUGUUCAAGAAGUUCAAUCCGCCUGUGUUCGAUGGAGAAAAGGUGGAGCCGUGGAUAGUGGAGUCAUGGAUCGACUCGAUGGAAACGCUCUUCGAAGAUAUUUAUACCUUGGAGAAAGAUAAAGUGCACCUUGCCACACAUUGUUUAGAGAAGUCGUCGAAGGUGUGUUGGAAAAGAGUGAAGUGGGAUCGACCUUCCGACCUUCCACCUAUGGUUUCGGAAGAGUUCCGGGGAUUAAUAUUUACAAAUUACUUCCUCGAUAGUGAGAAGAAGAAGCUUCAGGAUAAAUUUCGGAAGCUAAGACAUAGAGACCGCUCGCCGAGGAUUUAUGAGAAGGUCCAGAUCCUCAAGCUCACGACCUUUGCGGAGAUUUUGGUUCGGGCGUUGUGGGCGGAGCACGACAGUGCUUAUGCGUAUGGGGAGUGCGAGUCUGUGGAAAAGGAAAAGGAUAAAGGGAAGAAGCGUACUGCGAGUGGUACCGGGGGUCGGUCGAGUCCUAAGAGACCUCCUCAUUAUCCACGACGGCAAUCGAAGAAUUGGAGACCUGCCCGAUGUGUCAUUUGCGGCGGUGAUCAUCGACUGACGGUCUGCCCACAACGUGAUGGAAGAUGUUUUAAGUGUGGCCAAGCUGGACAUAUUAGUCGGGAGUGCCCGAGUUGGACAUCGUCUGCCCAGACGGCUGCAUCAGUUCAGUACACCGCAAGGCAGCUCGCGGGAUUGCCACCUGCUAUGUCUGCUGGACGCUCUUCAGUGUUGCGUCAGCCAGAGGGAUCUCGGGUGGCGCCAAGUGGCCGGGUUUUCGCUCCUCAGGUGGAGGAGCCUGUCGUACCCGAUGAUGUUGUGGCAGCUCAUGGUAUUGAGGUAUCGGAUAGUCCGGAUGCUUGGUGGGUCUACGCACCAGAGCAUACUUUUAGUGUCAAGGAGGAGUGCAUGGCUUGUCCAGUGCAAAUUGGCGAUUGGUUUAUGCCUGCGGACUUGCUUGUCCUGACCCGGAUGUGGGGCUUCGAUGUAAUUCUUGGAAUUGAUUGGCUCUCAAAAUAUUAUGCUGUUAUUGAUUGUGAAAGUAAGGUGAUCACUUUUCGUGAGCCUAACUAG